CGUCUGGGGCCGGAAGCGGAAGUCCAGAUCAAGAAGUCCCUCAGCAGCAGUGAGUUGUUGGCUGUGGAGUGCUCCAGCUGCACGUGGAGCCGCGGCGUCAAGGUAGAGGACUGAAGGCCGGAGGUUGCGGUGAGAGGUGCCCUUUACCAGCCGCGCGGGCCUCGGCCUAGUCCGCUUCCUCUGAUACGUGUUGGACGUGCGCGCUGCCAGAUGGACACUCCCCCGCUCUCAGGUUCAGACUCAGAUUCUGAUGACUCUCUUGUCACAGAUAGAGAGUUGCAGGAUGCGUUUACCCGAGGUCUCCUGAAGCCAGGCCUCAAUGUCGUGCUAGAGGGGCCGAAGAAGGCAGUGAACAACGUGAAUGGCCUGAAGCAGUGUUUGGCUGAAUUCAAACGGGAUCUGGAAUGGGUUGAAAGGCUUGAUGUCACCCUCAGUCCGGUGCCAGAAAUCCGUGAACCGCAGUCACCACCUCAGGACAAGGAUCAGAAGAAAGCUGUUGAUCCAGAAGACGACUUCCAGCGGGAGAUGAGCUUCUACCGUCAGGCCCAGGCCGCAGUGCUUGCGGUAUUGCCCCGCCUCCAUCAGCUCAAAGUCCCUACCAAGCGGCCCACUGAUUAUUUUGCAGAGAUGGCCAAGUCUGAUCAGCAGAUGCAGAAGAUUCGACAGAAACUACAGGUUAAACAAGCCGCCAUGGAGAAGUCUGAAAAGGCUAAGCAACUGCGAGCACUUAGGAAGUACGGAAAGAAGGUGCAAACAGAGGUUCUUCAGAAGAGGCAGCGGGAGAAAACACACAUGAUGAAUGCCAUUAAGAAAUAUCAGAAAGGCUUCUCUGAUAAACUGGAUUUCCUUGAUGGAGAUCAGAAACCUGCUGCACGAGGCUCAAAGGAAGGAGCGAAAGGCCAGAAAAGCCAGCAGACGAAGAAGGGUCCCAAUGCCAAACGACGCUAUAAAAACCAGAAGUUUGGUUUUGGUGGAAAGAAGAAAGGCUCCAAGUGGAACACUCGUGAGAGCUAUGAUGAUGUAUCCAGCUUCCGGGCCAAGACAGCUCAUGGCAAGGGCCUCAAGAGGCCUGGCAAGAAAGGAGCAAAUAAGAGACCUGGAAAACGGACAAGACAGAAAAUGAAGAGUAGAUCACGCUAAGCAGCAUCUUUGUAUACACAGAACCAAGAAAAAGGAAUGAAGAAUUGGGAUUUCACAAUAUAAUUGGAUCCCUUAAGUUGGUUUCUUUUUGUAAAAAAAAAACAAAACAAAAAAAUCAUUCAAUAAACUAAAUUAUCAAAGAAACAUA